AUGGCGCGAACAGAACCUAACCCACUCAAAACGAAAGGAUCGAUUUCCCUUGGGCGCAAAAACUCAAGCAAGCCCAGUGUAUUGACCCGCGCCGAAACGCUGUCUUCCAAACCAACCCUGACCCGUGUCCCUUCUAUCCAGACACGAUACAUGGAGAUGCUGUUACACCUAGAUCAAAUUCCUCGGCUAUACAAUAUUCUGGCCAGCCUGUUCACCUGGAUUUUGCUCGCGGGCUUUCUCGUCGUCCCCGGUACCUUUACAACUUUCAAGAAUUCAAAGGCGUUCCAAGAUGCCGACAACGAUGAUGACGCUAACGAGGUUGCUCACGCAAUUGUGCACUCGAUUGCGCAUAUUGGUCUGCUGUGGCUAUCUGGCGCGUUCUGUGUCGUUGGGACUCUGGGAUGCCUCUGGCUGUGGCUUCGUUGGCGCAAGAACUAUGUCUGGCUGAUAAACCGCAUCUUUCUACCAGUCACGCUGAACUCCGUCGCCGGCUUGAUCACAACUCUCGUCAACGUCUAUACUGCCCAGCAUGGUGUAUGGAGUGUGACGGCGAAAAUCACUGCUAUCGUGACAGGAUCCUGCGUUGGGGUGGCAGGGAUUCUUUUCGGGUGCUAUAACUUUUGGAUAUUGCGCAGGAUACAAAAGGUACACGCAAGAGAAACGGGCCUCAAUGCUCAGCACGAGGAUGAGACGCUGGUGGAGAAGUUGAAGACAUCCCGUCGACGGGGUCCGAAAAGAAGAAAGCUGCGUGAACAGGACUCCUCGGAUCUUGACAGGUGCUACUAUGUUUGUGAGGACCGAGGAUACCAUCUCGAUCCCGAUGUUCGUGUCGGUCUUGACAUCAACCAUGAUGAAACCCUGUAUUGGUUUUCCGAUGACAGCAUCACCGAUCGAAGCAUAGCCGCAGAAGAACCAUGCCCAUUGCUCGACUUCUCUGCCGUUGGCGCAUUAGCAAGACCUUCACCUACGAUAUCUCCCAAGACAGGAGGCGGAAAAGUCAUCUUCAAGAGAAAGGGAACGCGAAGCCUCUCUGAAGCAGACCUCACUGAAAAUCCCUCACCGCUACCUCCCAUUCUCAUGACCGCAAAGGCACGCACAAGCAUCCAGCUCCCCAGUUGCCAUUUGGAGCCUUCAAGGAAUCGAUGUCCGCCAGAAUACCACUCAGACUACCUCAAUGAUGUCAGGAUUCCAAGUCCAUUGCUAUACCACAGCUCACAAUUCGAAUACAUUACUCCCUCUGACAAUCCUUGGUUGACCUGGAACGUCCCGUCCUUCAAGUUCGCCCAUGGCCAGCAAAAGCCAGAACCUGACUUUACCAGUUACCGGCCCGUCGUGUGUGGUGCUGCUCUGGACGAGCGUACACAUAUGCAACGUAAUGAAAGCUUGGGGUUUGCUGUUUGCACGGCUGCAUCCUCCCGGCACAAAGCAGAAGCAAGUCACGUCUCGGACGGCAGCCAUGAUUCUUCAACUCAUGGCGAUGUUCUUUCGUCAGGCGAUGACCUUGACUCCCGAGAAUUGACGCGGCCCAACCAAGAAUAUUCACUCAUCGCGGACGUCGACAGAAAUAGUCUCGUUACUCCCAUGGGCCUUGACUUUCCAUGGUAUCAUGAUUUUUUCAUGCCAAGGGUCUCGUAUAGCAAAGAAAUAGGUGUGCCACCCGAUGUCGCACCAUCUGAGGACAAUUUAAUCUUUCCCACACUGCCAACUCCGAUCAACCUUGACCACGCGUUGAUUGCUUGUUGCAGCGUCAACAACAUUGUUCACCCAAGCGGAAAUAAAGCUGCCAGAAGUUGGGAGCGAGCAGGCAGAGGGUUGCCAUCAUCUCGAGAUCUAGUUGACACCACUCGGUCCCCGUCUAUUUCAGACGCGGUAGAGGCAGCUGUCCAUGGAGCUUGCAGUACCAGCGAAGCGCAGACCACUCGAGGAUCCUUUGAUAGCAGAGAUGAUACAAUCACCUCGGACGGGCCAUAUCCUGGCGCUGCAAUCAAGGUUGUCAUUCCACCAUGCAUGGACCUGGUUCCGGCACGACUGUACCAGCACCAACUCAUUGCGUGGCCACUGUCAACUGCAGCUGUUGAGGCGAGAAACAGACGCGACAGUGACAUAUCGGCUGUUCUCAGAAUGGCGGACUGGUUGGCAGGAUUGAAUACGCUAGGACCCUAUGUGGGUGGCCAAUUGGGUCUACCUCUUCCCGAGCCACCAGGCAAUGAUGUCGGUCUCAAUUCUAGGAGAUAUAUGUCGAGUUCUAGCGAGACUCCGAGUUCAGUACUUUAUGCCCAGGUUCAGUGCCACGGAGGCCUUGCAGAGGAUGAGGCUGAUUCGGGCUCACCCGAUGAAGGGUACUUCACCUGUAGCGAACGCUAUUCGGAGGCCGUCUUGCUGGAAGACACACCCACCGAUGAGGAAUGGGUCGAUUGGGAAUGGGAUUUUGAGUCGGAUGAUGUGGAUGAGAGUAUUGGACUGUUUGCCACUGAAUUGGAGGGAGCGAAUAAGGCAGAUACGGUGUAA